AAAACUCCGUGCAGAAAACCAUGCUCAUAGUAAUAUUGUUCGUUGGAUUUCCAUGCGUUGCUACUUUCAAGGAAUACGACUACGAUGGCAUAGGUGUGGACGUAGACAGUGAUUAUGUGUGCGAAGGAGCUGCACCAGGAAGCGACCUCCAAGCUAUAGAUAUCUGUCUUAUUCAAAUUGACAUUGCCACUGGGAGAGGAACUGAAAAAAGAUGCGAUUCCCACUGCAAAGAUAAACAGCAUUUCCGGUCACGGAGGCAUUGGUAUUACUGGGACGCUGAUUGGAAGUGGGAAGGACGGACGGUUACUAUUGCAUUGCUGGUGGUGAGAAAAGACUCGAAGGACGCAAAGGGAAAUAUCAAAUACAAUCGUGCGAACGAAAAUCCAGUCGCAUUUUAUUCCAGCGCGUAUGAAGACUGCAAAUUUUCUAAAACAGGAACAGGUGAUGACUUCUCGGAAAUGUACAAAGGAAACCCAUUCCGGCCUGGCAAUAUGACCGUCAAAUUGACCAAAGGUCGCAAAGACGUUGCAACACUGCUGAAAUUCGUACCUAACCCUGACUGUUACGCAACCGAUACAUGGAUUGCCAACGAAGGAUGGUAUGUUCUGGAUAAAGAGAGCAACACUUGGUAUCCAAUCUACUUCGAUCCAGUAUUCUCUGAUCAAGCAUUUUUUUUCUAAAGUAGCCAUUGUAUUUCGAUAGUUCCAGUUAGUUGUUUGGAGUUUUUUUGUUGCAAACCUACAUAAAUG